AUGGCUGCUGAUUGGGAAAAUGUGGAUGCUUUUUUAGCACACUGCUGCGAGAACAACGAAAUAGACUUGAGUUAUGUUCGGUCAGAGAGCUUUUACAGUUUGCUACAAGAAUGCAACUGGGAAAAAGAUCCAUCAUAUGAAGCACUUUAUUACUCGAGAACGAAAUCCUUGAACAUAGAAUUGGACCGUUCUCUGGCAAGGACGUGGGUGAUGGAUGAGAGACUCUUUAUCGAGGAUAAAGAUACCAAAACCUGGAGCAUGCGAAAAUUUCCCAUCUAUAUUGGAUAUGGUCAUAAGAAGUAUCAGGACUUUCGCCUCAAGGUGGUCCUGCUAGAAGACAAAGCACGAACGGGAACAAAGUAUGUUGCGCUUGCCAACUCUGAAAGAAAAGGCUUAAAAGUUCAAGCUGAUCUUGUGGCUACCCGUUCAACAAUGUUGGACCUCAUGCUUACAGGAAUAGACAACCCCAAGGUCCUGUCAUGGAUAUACGCCGUUAAUGACCAGCUCUUCUUGGAGAAUGACAGAAAAAGAGGAUACAUGAAUCCAGCUGGAAUGACGGGACCCAAUUUUGAGGAGUUGAUGACCGUCAGGCAGAACUUUGAGCGCAAAUUCCGCUUCGAGUGUGCUAAAAAUAACAAUGAAAAGUACAACUCUUUAGUACGUCAUUCAUCGCUGAUGAAAGAUUCCAUCUUGGUAUCAUGCGAAAUUGAUGCAGUAAAGCCCCAACAAAACCAUGAUCUGAAAGAACGGUUUGGCCUUGACGAUCCAGUCAAAAAUUUGGACAGGUACGUUGAAUUUAAAGCCAGGGUACAAGGGAGAUUUGACUUAAAGUACUUUCAUCCUGCCCUCGUUCAGUGUUACUUGGCUGGUACGCCCACACUCGUUGUUGGUAUUAAAGAUAGACUCGACUUGAUUUCAGUUAAAGAGUGGGAUGUCAACGAGAUUCUUCUUUCUGGACGAAUGAAGCGGCUCGAGAAAUGGUUCUUGGAUCGAUGGUUGAUCUUUUUGAUUCGUUUCAUCAAGAUCUGUAUUUUGAAAAAGCGGAAUGGGAACUUACAAGCAUUUUGCAUUGAGCUCGAGGGUUCCAAGCUAGUUAUUCGAGAACAUGAAAGAUCUCGGCUAGAGAUUGAAGCGGCCCUUACAAGCGACUUUCUCAAGUGGAGAGAAGAGCAUCCUCAAAAAGAUCUGGAGGAUGAGUUGGCAGAUUUGCUUCGUCCUCUCAAUAUUAACGAGAACGAGACGUAA